CAUCAGGCGGACGGAGAUCGCAAAUCGCAAAUCGGAGACCGCGAGCACUCAGUGCUUAGAGUUAGGGUUAGUAUACUCGCUACUCAGAGUACAGGAGACUGAGAGACCGGCCGACAGUGCAGAGUCUCACGCGAGCUACCAUGCGUUACUCGACUACGCCAGCGAUGUUGGUAGCUUCAUGGUUGGCAAAUAGGGCUGAUGCCUUCGUAGUGGCUCCGCCUAGUCAUGGAGCUAAGUGGCGCUCCUCUCGGCAAAACCAGCAGCAGCAGCAGCAGCAGCAGCAACUCAGCGUCACAGCCGUACGGAGGUGCUCUGUAGGCAGUAGUCUCGCUCGAGUUGUGCCGAGGCUGAAGCGAAGGAUGUCUACGGCGAUGAACACCAAUGACGGGGCGCGAUGGGCACCGAUACCCAAUGUACCCAACAUGGAGGGUGGCACCAACCCGGAGGAAAUGAUGAGACAAAUGUCUAUUCCCGAUCUGGCGCAGAAGCUAGACCAGGCCGAGAGCACCUUCGGCCAAGUGCAUCCUCAGGUGGCGGCAGCGCUUAUUCCCCUAUCUCAGGCACUCUACGCGAACGGAGAUUUGGGCCCUGCUAGGCAAUCGUGCACGCGUGCUCUCCAGAUUUUGCAGAGGGCGUAUAAGGAAAGGCCAUCGGUCGAGAUGGCGGAGGCGCUCCACACGCUGGCAAUGAUACAACAGGCAGAGAGCCCGGAAGUGGGAGACAAGGCUUUGGGAUCGCAGAACAUGGCGUUAGAGCUUGCCAUGCGUGUGUUCGGUCCAGAUUCGGUAGAGGUUGCAGCAUACGCCCGCUGCUUGGCUCAGAUGUCCGAGGACUAUUCCCAGUUCCUAUCCCCUGGUCUUCCACGGCCGUUCUACAUGCCCAACCCGAUACCGCUGUACCGCCAGACGCUCUCCAUAAUCGAGAAAGUCAUCGGACCCAAAGACCCUUCGGUGGCGUCCGCUUUAGAUGAUUUGGCCAGCGCCCUUCUUUUCCAUCGCGACGAUGACUACACGGAAAUGAAAGCAGUGACGCUUCUCCCGGAGGCAGAAACCCUCGCCACUCGCUCGCUCGCUAUUUCGAGGGCGUCCCUGGGCGAGGAACACCCGAUAACGGCGGGAAGAGAACACAACCUGGGAAUGAUCAAGAGAGGACUACAGAAGCCUAAAGAGUCAUUGGAUUGCUUCCGACGCGCGCUCGCAAUUCGGGAAAAGGUUUUGGGGGUAGAUCACCCAGACACAAAAUCCUCGCGGGAGCUUGUGGAAGAAGAGGAGAGCGGUACGGCGCCACCACCCUGAGUUUUGAACGUGCGUGCGUGGCCCAGCCGCAUUCUCCACAGGGAGCGCGUCUUACUUGACAGCUUGCGCGUUGCCUCUCUCUCUCUGCACGAGGCUCGUUGCACGCAGCGGAUAGAUUUUUGUCUGCUUCGUAUCGUUUUACUUUUGCUGUGGGAGCAACUUGAAACAGAAAUACGAAUCGAGCGCAUGUCUCUUCGCACACGGCACCCGACAACACGUCCAAGUGGGCGAUCCGUGAUACCGUACUGUUUCAAUGCGUGGCCGAGGGGCGUGCAUGUCGGAGGAUAUGGUCUGACGCUUUCCUGGGGUCCCGUAGUGGGGGAACUUCGGUGAAAUACGUUUUCAUUGCUGCCAACCGCAACAUUUACAGAUACACUCUACUCCGAGCGCACUCGUAUUUGUAGAGGAAGGAAGGCAAAGUCUUCUUGCGAGGUUUGAAACAUCAUUUCGAGGAUCACCCGGCCCCUCGCC